AUGGCUGCGCCAGCACACGACGUCAUGGUGGAACCGGACGACUUCAAUGACACUGACUCGUCCCUCGGAGAUGUCAGCAACGUUCGACACCUUGUCACCCCCGUCAAAGUCAUUUCGUGGCUGAUGGUUGCUACAGGACGGAACCUCCUCGACCGCGAGUUUGAGCAGCUCGAUUCUCGACUAUCGCAAAGAAAAUGGCCGCACCUAUCACAAUAUCACUUUCCAAAUGAUGAAGAGGAAAACGAGAGAUUAGAUCUCCAACACCACAUCUUUGACCUCUCUUUCGAUGGGAAACUCGGGUUGUCACCGCCUAAUGAGCCCGAAUCCAAUGUUGGCCGCGUACUAGACCUGGGAACCGGAACAGGCAUCUGGGCCAUGGACUUUGGAGACGAGCAUCCCGGGGCCGAGGUCACCGGCGUUGAUCUGUCACCCACCCAACCGCAAUUUGUACCACCUAACGUCAAGUUUGAAGUCGACGACGUCGAGGACACUUGGACGUACUCGCGUCCUUUCGACUACAUCCACAGCCGGAUGAUGAACUCCAGCAUCUCAAAGUGGGAGGAAUACAUCCGCCAGUCUUAUGAAAACCUCACCCCCGGCGGCUGGCUCGAGCUCCAGGAAUUCGGCCUACCCCUCUCUGACGACGGCACCCUGAAAGAGGAGCACGCUCUCUAUCAGUCCAUGAAGCACCUUGGCGAGGCAGCAGCCAAGUCGGACCACGCCUUUGUCGACCUUGACGCGCUCAAGCCUAUGCUAGAGGCCGCCGGCUUCGUUGACGUGGCGGAGCUGCGCUUCAAGUGGCCCAGCAACACAUGGCCGCGAAACGCAAAGUUUAAGGAGCUCGGCGCCUGGAAUUACGAGAACAUCACGACCGGUCUGCAAGGGUUCCUCAUGGCAGCGCUCACGCGGGGGCUGGGCUAG